AUGAAUUAUGAAGCGGAUCAGUCGGACUUACUUUUCUACUACCCGACGACUAAGGAGGCCGCCGCGGAUCGAGACAAGUUCAUGCGAGUGGUGGUGCCUGAGAAGCUUCAACAGGACAUUUUGCAUGACGUCCACACGAGCGUGCAGGGUAGCCAUCAUAGAAUCGGUCGUACCUAUGACCGGAUCCGCGAUUAUUUCCACUGGAGAGGGCUCGAUAUGUGGGAUAAUGUGUUGAUUGUGAAACGGGCAAAGGACGACGCCGGAUCCAGGGUGAGUCACCCGGUAACAUACCCAUUCCAGAUUAUUUCCAUGGAUGACAUACCUUCACUGCCUAGAUCUUUCAAUGGCAACACAGAACUGCUGAUCUUCGUGGAUCAAUUCUCUGGAUAUGUGAUCGCCAAGGCCAGCACCUCUAGAUCUGCACAAACGAUCGCUGACACUUACGAACAAUGCGUUUUCCGCAGAUUUGGUGCGAGCGAGGUGAUCCAAAAUGAUCGAGAGCCAGGCUUUAUGUCUGACUUCUUCAAGUCCUUCAACAAGAUCUUGGGUCAACGCCGACGUGCUACUAUGGCUUAUCGACCCCAAGCUAAUGGAUCUGCAGAGCGUAUGUUCCAGACGACCACCAGGGCUCUUAAGAUGUAUGUGCAGGAUUUGGAUCAACGUGAUUGGGAUGAAUAUGCCGAACGGCUCACCUUCGCGAUCAACACCGCAAGGGAUCUGAUCCGAGGUGAAACCCCUUUCUACAUGAUACAUGGUUGGGAUCCUAGAUCUACUCUGGAGGCGGUGAUCGCGGUGGGGAGCACUCGCAGGUACGAUCGAGAUCCGAGAUGGUGUCGAUAUCAGAUGCAAAAGUACUACCGAGGCUGGAUCAAGAGUCUGGUUGUACUUAGAUCGAGUGACGCUAAGAAACGGGCGCACUUAUGGCAUGGACCAUUUUGCGUUGCUGAGAAGAUGGGGGAAUAUGCAGUGAGGUUGGAAAUCGCAGGAUCAACGUAUAGCAGCUUUCCGGUAGGGCACGUCUCAAAGAUCAAACUGAUCAAGAUAUUCCCAGAUCGACCGGUAGCUCGCCUAGAGGUCUCGGAUACAGAUCGGGUUGACUUCGAUGAAGCUCUCCUACCUGACGAUAGCUGGAUCCAAGGUCGAGACCCAGAUGAAUAUGAGGUGGGUCAGAUAUCCGAUAUGAGAACUGGCUAG